GUGGUAAAAAGAGACACACACAAGCUGUGUUCUUCAUUCUGUCGGCUUGAAGAGGAAAAAAAAAACAUUUUUCACGUCAAAAUCUGCAUUGAUUCAUCUUCGUGCUGUUUACAGGAUCCUGCAUUUUCUUUGCCCCAACAAUAACAAAAAAUGUGGACGAUCCCGAAGCCAAGAUACAGAAGGUGUGAGGAAGAUGAGCCUGAGAUCACUGUGAACAUCGGUGGGGUUCGAGUGGUGCUUUUUGGGGAUGUCCUGAAUCGUUACCCCGAGAGCAGACUAGCCGAGUUAGUGAACUGCUCAUCAGCUCGCAAUGAUGAACUUAUUUCGUCUCUUUGUGACGACUUUGACCCUGGCAGAAAGGAGUUUUACUUCGACAGAGAUCCAGAUGCCUUCAAGUGCAUCAUGGAUGUGUACUACUUUGACGAGAUCCACAUUAAACGUGGCAUUUGCCCCAUAUGUUUCAUCAAGGAGAUGGAGUUCUGGAAAAUAGACCAAAGUGUUUUAGAUGAGUGCUGUAAAAGUUACCUAAGCGAGAAAGAAGGGGAGCUGAAGGAGAUCGCUAGCAAAGUGAAGGUAAUUUUGGAUGACAUGGAGGUGAACCAGAACGCUACGAGGAUCCAGCAGUGUCAGAGGUUCUUAUGGAGGCUGAUGGAGAAGCCUGGUUCCUCCUUCCCGGCGCGCGUAAUCGCCAUCGCGUCUUUCCUCUCCAUCCUGGUCUCGGCUGUGGUGAUGUGUGUAGGAACCAUUCCAGACUUGCAGGUAACAGACGCCGAGGGGAAGCUGGUGGAACACCCGACUUUGGAGGCUAUCGAAACCGCCUGCAUGAUGUGGUUCACCGCAGAGUACUUGCUGCGCCUCGCCUCCUCGCCCAAUAAGUUACACUUUGUGCUCUCCUUCAUGAACAUCAUAGACUUCAUGGCGAUCAUACCUUUCUACGUGGUCCUCAGUCUGACCUACCUCGGCACCACCUCCAUGAUGGAGCUGGCCAAUGUUCAGCAGGCAGUGCAAGCGUUGCGCAUAAUGCGCAUAGCGCGUAUUUUUAAGUUGGCACGACACUCGUCCGGACUCCAGACGCUCACCUACGCGCUCAAGAGGAGCCUGAAAGAGCUGGGUCUGCUCCUCAUGUACAUGGGGGUAGGGAUUUUUGUCUUCUCAGCUUUGGGCUACACUAUGGAACAAAGUCACCCCGAGACUCUCUUCAGGAGCAUUCCACAAUCCUUCUGGUGGGCCAUCAUCACCAUGACCACCGUAGGAUAUGGAGAUAUCUAUCCCAAAACCACACUGGGCAAGUGCAACGCCGCAGUAAGCUUCUUGUGUGGAGUCAUAGCCAUCGCUUUACCCAUACACCCCAUCAUUAAUAAUUUUGUGGUGUUCUACAACAAGCAGAAGGUGCUGGAGACUGCAGCAAAGCAUGAAGUGGAGCUGAUGGAGCUAAAGUCCGUUGGAGAGCACCGCAGAAAAGACAGCGAUAACGAUGACACAUAGGAAACUCAUAGAGUGCGUAUAAUGUGCUGUAUAAUGAAGAACUAUUAGAAACACCUGCACAUAUUCCAAUAACUAGGCAUGCAUGGUCGUAGACAGUCACAAGGCAUCCCACCUGACAUCCUCAUUUGUCUAUAAGACUAUGUACCGUACAUGUUGUUGACCUAAGCAGUCGUCGUUAAUAAGCAGUCACCGUUAAUAUGAAAUACUGAACUUUUGACACUUAACCUCUAUGAAAAAUUAACUAAAUCAUUUUUGGUCCAUUUUUUAAAAAUCCAAAUCCAAAUAAAAGUGUGAUUUGUGUUUUGUUCAUACAAAACUACCUGGUUCAGGGGACCAUGAAUCCAAUGAACAACACAGGCUAUGGGAUCACUGCAGACGGCCGUCAUUUUAAACAUAGAAUGCUACCAAGCUAACUAGUUAGCCUCCAAUUUAGUUAUUCUAGACUUAGGAAAGUGGGAAAGAAUAACAGUAAGAAGCCGAAAAAAUUACCACUUCCACAUGGAAUGGGAGGAUAACUUCAUGUCAGCAUACUCUUACCAUACGCUAACAUUACUGACUCCUAGUGGCCAGAAUACUACAUAUAAUUGGCCUUUCAAUACUUUUUGACUAAAUAGUUCAUAGUCAACCACAAAACAACAGUCAUUUAUUUAUUUUUGGAAAAACUGAGUGAGGGAGCCAUGUUUGAAUCACAAUGUAGCGGCUGUAUAGAAAUUGUAAAGGGGACCUAUUACACUUUUCUGAUCUAUACAUAUAGUUAUAAUGUUGUAUUCUUGUGUUAAACGAUGCCAAAGUUUCAGAUAAUGAGGUUUGUGCAUUUGGAAGUGAGCCCUGAAAGAAGUUUGGGAUGGCUCAAAACGCUUGGUUUCAAAAGGCGUGGUAAAACUGUCCCUUUGUGAUGUCACAGAGGGGCGGACUUCCUAAUAUGGUUUGGGUGUGUGACCAAUCACAGCGUGCCUGGAGGUGGCCUGUGGGUGGAAUAAAUUAAAACAGACUGUUUUGGCAGGAAGCACAAAUCAAAGGAAAUACAGCUGGAAUAGGUGCACAUUCUGGAAGAUCUAAAAAGUUGAGCAGCGUGGAGCUGCUCUAUGGGAGACCACAACACAACUCAAUACAAAGGGUAAAAAAAUGAGCAUAAUAGGUCCCCUUUAAGGUUGUAUUGCAACAGCAGGACAUACUCCAUAAGCAGUUGUUGACAAACUAAAAUGUAAACUGAAUCCAACCAUUGCUUGCACAUUUACUUGUGACUCUUGUCACAGCAAGGGCAAUGAUAAAGGUCUAAUUUGCUGACAAGGUUUUCAUCCAUUUGUGCAUAUUCUUUUCUUUUCAUUUCAUAUUGUCGAGACAGGAGUGUUCGGUUUGAGCUGUGAUUUAGAGUUUGGGCUAAAUAAAAAAUAAAAUAAUAAUAAAUAAUACAAUCCAGGUUAAAAAAAAAAGCUAUGCUUUUAUUUUGAGGCUUAUUUUGCACUGAACAGAAAGUCACUGUGCACAUUUUAAUAAUCUUGUGUAACAGUAGUUAUGUUGUGGCUGCUUCGCAAUAAUACAAAAGUUAAUCUUACUGUAUUUUCUGGACUGGUCCUGCGAUUUAUACGUACAUAAUUUAACCCGUUUUUCAAAGUUAAUCCACGCUGACUGUCAUAAACCAAGAAGUGAACAUUACCUUUGACAACUGUGAGAGGCUUAGUGACAUUAGUGAUGAAGAAUAUGAUGUGAUGUGGAAAUUGGUGAAAUUACCGGUAACUUUCUUGUUGGACUCGCUGGCCUGUUAUAUUCAUUUAGCCUAUUCAGCCUCCCAGGUAUGUUCUCUAUGCUAUUGUGCAGCUGAAUUACUGUGAAUGUGUUAUGUUACCAUACCAGAGACCUAUUCAGCCUACUGUUGUGUGUGCUACUGUGUAUUUGAAUAGCUCGCCUUUCCAGGUGCAAUGUCGGUUCUUGGUCAUGAAUUUUGUGAAAUAAACUUGGCGGAAA